AUGUCUCUACUGCAAGCGUCUUUCGCCUCAGACACGGAAUCUGACGACGAAGACUUUGACAGCACGCUGCGGCAGGAAGAAGUUCAAGCUCGUCGUCAACAGCUGCAGCAGCGCGCCGCUGCAGACGCGGUGUACGAGGAGCUGAGGAAGCAGCACCAGCUGGCCGUCAAAGGCUAUCCUGCUUCCCAACAGCGUCAGCAAAGGAGGCAGUACAAGCAGCAACAGCAUCAGCAGGGGAGGCAGCACAAGCAGCAGCAACAGCAGCACGCUGCCGAGGAGCGUCUUCCGAAGGACUACGUGAACUUAUUAGAGGAGCUCUUCAGGAAGGUAGGGAAAGGGUGCGAUUUGUGUGCUGCUGGUGCGGGAGCGCUUCGUGAUGCAGGCGCAGCCUUAAGUGAAAAGACUAUUACAAAGACAGUCCGUUUUGCCGGUCGAGAAUUUCAGAUCGAGGAGAAAGUCUCGGCAGAGCGAUUUGCAGCCUUCGAGAAGAGGCAGCAGAAGCAACACGUGCAAGUCAAGGGCAAACUGCAAGCUCUGGAUGCUCUUGACAAAGCCCUUGGGAGCGCCGCGACAGUCAAUUCCGUGCAGAAAUCACGGGCGGAUUGGAGUCAAUUCAAGGAGAAAGCGGGGAUCGAGGACGAGCUCAGAAGAGGCAGAGGGCAACUGGUAGAUAGCCCCGCGUUAAUCACUUUCCUGCGAAAAGCGCCUGUUUUCCCUGUUACUUGGCACACGCAUGAAGAGGGGGGUUGCCGUGUCGGUGCUGGCACCCUUGUAAUUGCGAGGCCAAUAUUGGGAGCGUGGGCAGCCUCACCCCUGCCGCUGUUGCAGUUACCACGAGUUGCUAGCGUGCAUCUAGCAACUGCAUCACGCUGCAGGGCAGGCGGCAGGGGCCUCGAGGUAGACAUUCGAAUGAUUCUAAGGCACUGCUGCCCCUGCGCAUAA